AUGCAUGGUGGGACCUUAGGGCAGUGCAAGGAGGCAGGGUGGGACCUAAGGAAAGUGCAAGGAGGCAGGGUGGAACCUAAGGGCGGUGCAAGGAGGAAGGGGUGGGACCUUAGGGCAGUGCAAGGAGGCAGGGUGGGACCUAAGGGCAGUGCAAGGAGGCAUGGUGGGACCUUAGGGCAGUGCAAGAAGGAAGGGUGGGACCUUAAUGCAGUGCAAGGAGGCAGGGUGGGACCUAAGGGCGGUGCAAGAAGGCAAGGUGGGACCUUAGGGCAGUGCAAGGAGGCAGGGGUGGGACCGAGGCAGGGUGGGACCUUAGGGCAGUGCAAGGAGGCAGGGGUGGGACCUAAGGGCAGUGCAAGGAGGCAUGGUGGGACCUUAGGGCAGUGCAAGGAGGAAGGGUGGGACCUUAAUGCAGUGCAAGGAGGCAGGGUGGGACCUAAGGGCGGUGCAAGGAGGCAAGGGUGGGACCUUAGGGCAGUGCAAGGAGGCAGGGUGGGACCUAAGGGCAGUGCAAGGAGGCAUGGUGGGACCUUAGGGCAGUGCAAGAAGGAAGGGUGGGACCUUAAUGCAGUGCAAGGAGGCAGGGUGGGACCUAAGGGCGGUGCAAGAAGGCAAGGGUGGGACCUUAGGGCAGUGCAAGGAGGCAGGGUGGGACCUAAGGGCAGUGCAAGGAGGCAUGGUGGGACCUUAGGGCAGUGCAAGGAGGAAGGGUGGGACCUUAAUGCAGUGCAAGGAGGCAGGGUGGGACCUAAGGGCGGUGCAAGGAGGCAAGGUGGGACCUUAGGGCAGUGCAAGGAGGCAGGGGUGGGACCGUAG